UGGUUCAGAGCAGAACACCACCCCCCAUUUCUGUACUGAAAAUGGGAAGAGGAGGAAGGGGCCUUCAAUGGCCUCUCUCAUUGCCACUCUUCUGGUGGUCACCAUUUCCCUAAGCUUGCCUUCUGAAACCUCUGCAAACUACCAUUACUCAUCUCCUCCACCGCCUUACUACUACAAGUCCCCGCCUCCCCCUCCACCUGUUUACAAGUAUAAGUCUCCGCCACCACCUCCUCCGGUCUACUCCCCACCACACCACCCACCUUACAAGUACAAGUCUCCACCACCGCCGCCGCCGGUUUACAAGUACAAAUCUCCACCCCCACCUCCUCCGGUCUACUCCCCACCACACCACCCACCUUACAAGUACAAGUCUCCACCCCCACCACACCACCCACCUUACAUGUACAAGUCUCCACCCCCACCUCCUCCGGUCUACUCCCCACCACACCACCCACCUUACAAGUACAAGUCUCCACCCCCACCUCCUCCAGUCUACUCCCCACCACACCACCCGCCUUACAAGUAUAAGUCUCCUCCGCCACCGCCACCGGUUUACAAAUACAAGUCCCCACCACCACCGCACAAGAAGCCAUACAAGUAUAAGUCACCUCCUCCACCACCGUACAAGUACAAGUCUCCCCCACCUCCUCCUCCAGUUUACAAGUAUAAGUCUCCACCACCACCACCAUAUAAGUACAAGUCUCCACCACCACCUCCUCCGGUCUACAAGUACAAGUCCCCACCACCACCGCACAAGAAGCCAUACAAGUAUAAGUCACCUCCUCCACCACCGUACAAGUACAAGUCUCCCCCACCUCCUCCUCCAGUUUACAAGUAUAAGUCUCCACCACCACCACCAUAUAAGUACAAGUCUCCACCACCACCUCCUCCGGUCUACAAGUACAAGUCCCCACCACCACCACCCAAGAAGCCAUACAUGUACCACUCUCCACCACCACCACCCAAGAAGCCAUACAUGUACCACUCUCCACCACCUCCUCCUCCAGUCUACAAGUACAAGUCCCCACCACCUCCACCGCCCAAGAAGCCAUACAAGUACUACUCUCCACCACCACCACCCUACAUGUACAAGUCCCCACCACCCCCACCUCCUAAAUACCUCUAUGCAUCACCUCCUCCUCCUCACCACUACAGUAUAGCUCAGCCAAAUUUCCUUUUUGUAGUAAGAAUGGGAAGUGGAGGGAAGGGAGCGAAGGGGUCUUCAAUGGCUUCUCUCUUUGCCACUCUUGUAAUGGUGAUUGUCUAUCUCAGUUUGCCAUCUGGAACCUCUGCUGAUGAAUACGAGAACAAAUCCCCACCACCUUACAAAUACAAGUCUCCACCACCACCUCCUCCCGUUUACAAGUACAAAUCCCCACCACCUCCUCCUCCGGUGCACUCUCCACCCCCACCACCACCACCUUACAAGUAUAAGUCUCCGCCACCACCCCCACCAGUUUACAAGUACAAAUCCCCACCACCACCAUCACCACCUUACAAAUACAAGUCUCCACCACCACCACCUUACAAGUACAAGUCUCCACCACCUCCUCCACCAGUUUACAAGUACAAAUCCCCACCACCACCACCUCCACCAGUUUACAAGUACAAAUCCCCACCCCCACCACCUUACAUGUACAAGUCCCCGCCACCACCUCCUCCAGUUUACAAGUACAAGUCUCCUCCACCACCACCUCCCAAAUACGACUACUCUUCACCCCCUCCCCCUCACCACUACUAGAGUGGUUCUGCUGCAUGCAAUCAUUAAGGUUGGAAGUUGGAACGAAGAAGAAGAAGAAUAUCAAAAAUAAAUAAAAGGAAGGGUUGCUGCUCUCCAUGUUUGAUUCAUGUUGUAAUCUUAGACACGAAUAAUUAAGCAGGUGGCCUGCAUUUUCAUGCAUUCACAUGGCUGAAUUGCAGUUACACUGCUUCAUGUACUUUAGUGUUCUCCGUGUUAGAGAAAUAGUAUUUGAUAUUUA